CCGUAACGGCCGAUACAGCGCCCAGACGGGCAGCUGGGGGACUCGCCGAGGCGCUGAGCUGCGGCCCGGUGGCAGGCCGGCUGCCCGCGGCUGGGGAACGUGGCAGAGAGGAGGCCCGUCUCCCCAGGCGGGGCCGUCGCUCAGUGCGGUGAUGGCGCUGGGUGCGGUGGCUGGCCUUGGCCGCUGCCGCUCGCCCUCAGCAGCCCGCUCUGGCUGCCGGCAGCGGGCUCGACUCGCCACCGCCUUUCCCUGCUGCCUGGAGGGACCCGCAGCCCUCGCCUGGCCGCUUUAGCUGUGAGCUGUAAGGGCCUACCGCAGCGAAGAGGCCCGGCCCGGCCAGGCCAGGCCUUGCUGCCCCGCGUUGAGGCUCUUGAUCAGGUGCUCCCUGUGAGGCAAAGGAACAGGCCAGCCGUCGGUGCUGCUCUGCUCUCUCUCUGCUGGGAGAGCCGGGCUGUGCCUCCAGGGAGCCAGCCCCGGUCCGGCUGUGUUUCCUGCGAGGGGAAAAGUGCUAGGUCUGUUAAGGCUCACGGCUGUUAACAUGGGAUCCUAGUUCUGUCAUGGGGCUGUUGGGGGAAAAAAAAGCACCAUGCAAGAUCACAGUACUUAAUAGUCUUUUUAACAUCGAAAAAGGACAUUAGUACUGAUUAGCUCCCCCGGGGAGUAUUUAGAACCUAGAGUGGCAGCAUCCUUUCUGUUUUGGUAUUGCUUCUGCUCUAUGGUUUUGAUUUCAUUGUUUUUUAUUACUCACUACCUCUUAUUUAUUGCCAAAAUAAACCCUCUUGGGAUUUUUCUUACUGGGGACUUUCUUUUCUAUGCGAAAUGCUUUUCUUCCCUAGUGAUGUUAUGUAAUAUUAGAUGUAAUAUUUUACUGCUCUUUCUUACAGGGUGAUUCAUUUUCCAAUUCAGUUUUCCCUGGUGGCUGAGCUUGCAAGUAUUACUUGCUCUCAGUGGGACUUCUUAUUAUAGUAGUUCCUCCUCUGUGGAUUUUAAGUGGAAGGAUCAACCCAGCUUCCAUUUCCAGAAGGGUGGGAAGAGAGGAGAGAAAGAAACAUAUCAAAUUCAGGGGAGGGCAGUAGUGCUAAGGGUUUCUAUAUCACCACUUAAAAACAUCCAUUUAAAGGCACUUACUGCCUUAGACUUAACAGUUUCACACCCUGAAGGUGGUAAACAUGGCUGAGGAUAAAAAAGCCUUUGUUGAUGAGAUAAAUAAAGCAUUGGCAAAGUCUGAAGGGCUUACCUUGAGGGAUCUGCUCUUCUCCUACCGGGGGACCCCGUAUCCUGUCACAGUGUGCAGUGUGGAAACGUUCCAAGCCCUGGAGAAGCUGGAAGCCAGAAGAGAUGAUAUGGUGCUGGUAUCCUACCCUAAAUGCGGUGUGAACUGGCUUAUCCAGAUUUUAAAUGAUUUGAUAUUUACAACUAUCCAGAGUAAACCUGUAAGCACAGAACUACCAUUUAUUGAAUGUGGAGAUCCAGAUAAAUAUGAGAGGAUGAAGCAGAUUCCAUCUCCAAGGAUUUUGGCAACACAUCUGAAUUACGAUUGUCUCCCCAAGUCUAUUUUCAAGAACAAAGCCAAGAUACUAGUGCUGUUUCGAAACCCUAAAGAUACAGCUGUUUCAUUUUUCCAUUUCCACAACAAUGUGCCAAGCGUCCCCAGUUACAGCUCCUGGGAUGAGUUCUUCUCAGAGUUCAUGAAUGGGAAAGUCGGCUGGGGAUCCUAUUUUGAUCAUGCAGUCAACUGGAACAAACACAUUGAGGAUGAGAAUACUAUGUUCAUAAUUUAUGAAGACCUUAAAGAGAACUUGACUGCCAGUGUAAAGCAGAUAGCUGAAUUCUUUGGAUUUUCUGCAACGGCAAAGCAGAUCCAGUCCAUUGCAGACAGGGCCACUUUCCAGGCAGUGAAGGAUAAGGCUCAGGAGACUCAUGGUGCCGUUGGCUCAAUUCUUUUCCGUAAAGGUGUUGUUGGAGACUGGAAAAAUCUUUUCACUGAAGCCCAGAACCAGGAAAUGGAUGCCAAAUUCAAAGCAUGCUUAGAAGGAACUAAGCUGGGAACAAAGUUAAAAUAUGAUGUGUACUGCAAGGCCUGAACGUUCUUUAGAGAAAAAACUCAUGUCCAGGCUGUUUUUCAUUCACUUUUGUGAAAUUAAAUAGAAAGUAGGACAGUAUGUGAUUUAAAAAUUUUGAAAAUCCAUGCAAUUUGCAAAUCUGUUUCUGCUGUCUUAACUUACACAAGAAAUCCUUCCUUGUACACUUAGUAGAUACAGUACAGUUAGUGUCAUUGACUUCAUUGGAUUCUCUUAAAUGACCGGGUAGUUCUUUGGCCUCACUUGCUUUCCAACAGUGAUUUUUAGCUUUGAUGUCAUGUUACCUGACAGAAUCCUGUGUGGAAUAUAUAUGCAGUAGUUAAACCUGCCAACAUGACUGGAAAUGUAUUCAGUAUGUUGGAAGGGAUUUUCCAAGAGAUUUUAAAAAACAAUCAUGAAGUGUCAUUUUGAUUCUUAAUUUCUAAGUUCAUAGUAUCCAUAUAUCAUUUUAAUUUCUAAGUUCAUACUGUAAAAUUAAAUUUCAGAAGGUUUUGUUGUAGUUGCCUUUUGUCACUUUUGGUGUGCUGAUAAAUGUGUGAAAAAAG